AUGAAGAUCAACCAGUCGUCCUUCCUUCUCUUCCUUCUUCCCGCCAUUUCGGCCGCACUCGCCGACACAACAUACAAUGACAACAUAGAUGCUCGGGUCUCGCGUGAGACUGUUGGCAACAACGCUCGUCUCGUAGACUCGGAUGUCGUCGCAUCCAAUGUCGCUAAAGGGGCGCCGGACGUCCCCGUGGAUGGCAAGGAUGGCAAACCGCACGCUGGUCCGUGGGUGGAAACCAACGCAGACCGGGACUCCAAAGUUGCCAAGGGAAGCGAUGAUAACGAUCCGGUUUCCACCAAAUAUGACAUCAAACUCUCCUCCUCGGAGCACCUGAGCACCGAAGAAGGGAAGGUGAUCCCGCAUUCAAACGGCGGCGUUAUGGAUGAUCCAUAUCGGGCGGGGCCGAGAGAGGGGACACGCGGAACAGAGGGUGGUGUGUCUGAGAAAGGACAGGGGAAUCAAUUGGUCGCGGAGAAAGUGCCCGGGGGCCCAAAGGAGGCACCUCCGCUGCCGCAUAGCGAGACGAAGAAGUUGGUCUCUGAUAGCGAGGACGCAACAACCGGGAGUGCAAUCCGGUCUGCGGAGGGUUCGGGAAGCCUUGGUAUGCUCGAGAAGCCAUCCGGAUUGCCUGAAAAGCCACACGAUAUCCCAUACCCCAAGCCCCCGGCCGUGGUUAAGGAGGAUCCUCUGGGCCUUGGGCACGACUCGGUCGCCUCGGGAUCGUCUUCGAGUUCGUACUCGAGUUCGUCCUCGUCCUCGUUGAGCCACGACCACGACUCUGGUAUCCCCGAUGCUGGCAGCCCAAUGCACUCCCUUAUAUUCUCGUUCACCAUGAUCCUCGUCUCUGAAAUCGGCGACAAGACUUUCCUUGUGGCUGCCCUGAUGGCCAUGAGACACGACCGCUUGGUGGUGUUCAGUGCCGCAUUUAGCGCCUUGAUUGGUAUGACUGUUCUUUCAGCCGUCCUGGGCCAUGCAGUUCCUAGCCUUAUCCCUAAAACCUUCACCAAAUUUAUGGCUGCCAUUCUGUUCUUGGUAUUUGGUGUGAAGAUGCUCAAGGAAGGUCGUGAAAUGUCUCCAGAUGAGGGUGUGGGUGAAGAGAUGCGAGAGGUCGAGGCGGAGCUCGAAGAGAAGGAGCACGAGCAGCUGCGCAUGAACCGCCGUCGCUCCUCGGUUACUCCUCACAACCUCGAAGCAGGUCGCGCUGGCCGUCCCAAAACCCGCGGCUCCGGAAACCGCCUGCCCUCUCCUCCGGAGAGCUUGUCCUCGUCCUCGUCCCGUGGAUCUUCCCCCCAGCCCCGAAAACGGUUCAACAAUGCCGUUUCUGGGUUAAGCAACCUGUUCUCCCUGCUUCUCAGCCCCGCCUGGGUUCAGACCUUUGUCAUGACCUUCCUCGGUGAAUGGGGUGACCGCAGCCAAAUUGCCACUAUCGCCAUGGCAGCUGGUCAGGACUAUUGGUGGGUGACCAUUGGCGCCAGUGCUGGUCACGGAAUCUGCACCGCAGCCGCCGUGAUCGGUGGACGGGCCAUCGCUGGCCGGGUUAGCAUGCGUGUUGUGACUCUGGGCGGCGCUGUGGCGUUCCUUGUGUUUGGCGUCAUCUAUUUCAUUGAAGCCAUCUUUUAA